AAUAAUGGUUUCUUGAUUUUUCCUUGGGAGUUAAUAAGAGAAACAUGGAGAGUUCUUUUGGACUUUUGUUGGUGCUUAUAACUUUGGCCGCCAUCAUUCAUAUUGUUCAAGCUCAAGACCAACAAGGGUUCAUCAGUUUGGAUUGCGGCCGAUCUGCGAAUGCACCGUCUCCUUAUAAAGAUACUCAAACAGGACUGUGGUACUCUUCGGACAACGAGUUCAUACAGAGCGGGAAAACUGGUCAAGUCCGAGAAAAUCCGAACUAUAACAGGGAGCAAUACUUGACGCUAAGAUAUUUUCCAAAAGGCAAAAGGAACUGCUACAAUCUGAGUGUAGAGAAGGGCCGUAAAUAUUUGAUCAGAGCUGUCUUUCUAUAUGGAAACUAUGAUGGUCUUCGCAUUAACCCUGUCUUUGAUCUUUAUCUUGGACCUAAUCGAUUGGCCACGAUAGAUUUCGAAACACGAGUGAAUGGUACAUGGGAAAAUUACAUACACAUCCCAACAUCAAACUCAUUGCAGCUUUGUCUUGUUAAGACAGGAGAAACUACACCGCUAAUAUCCGGUUUGGAUUUACGUCCAUUGGGAAAAGAUUCUUAUAUCACUAAGUCUGGUUCCCUCAGACUUUAUUACAUAUUUUUCUUCCGUACAAAUCAUGGCAAGCCAAUCCCUGAUAUACAGUACCCGGAUGAUGUCUAUGAUCGCAUUUGGAAUCCCUACUUUCAGACGGUAUUGACUCAGAUUUCCACCACUCUCGAAGUGAACAAUUCCAACAACUAUGUUCCACCCAAGGAGGCACUAAAAAAUGCUGCCACGCCUAGUAAUGCCAGCGCGCCAUUGACGAUGGAAUGGACUCCAUUGGAUCCUAAUGACCAAUAUUACUUGUAUGCACACUUUGCUGAGAUCCAGGAGUUGAAGGAAAAUGAAACCAGGGAAUUCAACAUUGUAUGGAAUGGUGAAGUUAUGUCGACUGUAGUUCCUAAGAAGUUAGAGGUAAGUACUAUCUAUGACCAGUCACCGAGAACUUGCGAAAAGGGGAAAUGUAGUAUUCAACUGAUAAGAACCAAAAGAUCAACUCUUCCACCUCUAAUCAACGCUUUUGAGGUCUACCUUGUUAUUGAGCUUCCACAGUCCGAAACAUAUGAAAGAGAUGUGGUUGGUAUAAAAGAAAUUGAAGCUACCUAUGCAUUGGGUAGAAUCAACUGGCAAGGUGAUCCAUGCGUCCCUCAAGACCUUAGGUGGGACGGACUAAACUGCCGUGACACAAAUAUCUCCAUGCACCCAAGAAUCACUGCUUUAAACUUGUCUUCAAGUGGUUUAAAUGGAAUCAUAGUAGCUGCCAUUCAAAGUCUUACACAACUAGAAACACUGGACUUGUCAAAUAAUAACUUGACUGGAGGAGUGCCGGAGUUCCUAGGCAACAUGAAAUCGUUGUCGUUCAUAAACUUAAGCGGGAACAAUCUUACUGGUUCAAUUCCUCAAGCUCUUCAAAAGAAAGGACUAAAGCUAUCUGUUGGAGGAAACCCAAGGCUUUGUCUUUCUGAUCCAUGUAGAAAACCACCUAAGAAGAAUGUUCUUGUGCCAAUUGUUGCAUCAGUUGUUCCUGCAGCCAUUUUGAUCAUUGCUGUAUUGAUUCUUUUUCUUGUACUCAAAAAGAAAAAGUCAACGGUUCGACAAGGUCCACAUAGGAUGUCAACGGGGGAAGUUACUUUUGCUAAUAAGAACAGCAAAAGAAGGUUCACAUAUUCAGAGGUCAUCCAAAUGACAAAUAACUUCCAAAGAGUUUUAGGUAAAGGAGGUUUUGGCAUGGUGUAUCACGGUACUGUAAAUGGUUCUGAACAAGUAGCCGUUAAGGUACUCUCUCAGUCUUCAACUCAAGGCUAUAAGGAGUUCAAAGCAGAGGUUGAUCUUCUUCUGAGAGUUCACCAUACAAAUUUGGUAAGCCUUGUAGGAUAUUGCGAUGAAGGAGACCACUUAGCACUCAUCUACGAAUACGUACCCAAUGGAGACUUAAGACAACAUCUGUCAGGAAAAGGAGGUAAAACCAUCGUCAUCAAUUGGGGUACUCGGCUAAGAAUAGCUGCGGAGGCAGCAUUAGGCUUGGAGUACUUACACAUUGGAUGCACACCACCAAUAGUUCACAGAGAUGUCAAAACUACAAACAUAUUGUUGGACGAGCAGUAUAAGGCCAAACUUGCUGAUUUUGGGCUCUCGAGGUCUUUCCCAGUUGGAGGUGACUCUCAUGUAUCGACUGUGAUUGCUGGUACUCCUGGUUACCUUGAUCCAGAAUAUUACCACACAAGCAGGUUGGGUGAGAAAAGUGAUGUGUACAGUUUUGGGAUUGUGCUAUUGGAAAUGAUCUCUAAUCAACCAGUGAUUGAUCGAAACCGCGCAAAGUCUCACAUAACACAAUGGGUUGGGUCUCAGCUAAACGGAGGAGAUAUUGCUAAGAUCAUGGAUCCAAAGCUAAACGGGGAUUAUGAUUCUCGCUCUGCUUGGAGAGCUCUUGAGCUAGCAAUGUCGUGCGCGGAUCCAACUUCAGUAAAACGACCAACCAUGUCUCAUGUUGUUAUCGAAUUAAAAGAGUGUCUUGUGACUGAAAACUCGAGGAGAAAUAUGAGUCGAGGCAUGGAUUCACUGAGUUCCCCUGAAGUGAGCAUGAUCUUUGAUAGUGAGAUGACUCCUAGAGCAAGAUAGUUUGUGAUCCAAGUAACACAAUUGUUAUGAACCCACUCACCGAACUUACUUCUGAACCUUACGUGUGCUCUGUUUGUAUUUUUACUUUUUAUAUAUGUUUUGUUACUGUGGUUUGAAAACACUUAAUUUGAAGUAAAAAAUUAAUGUA